CCGCCUGCGCGCCUUCUCCUCCGCAGCGGCUCAUGACCUUCCAGCCGACGACUGUGUCCGGUUCGAGGACGUCGUUCGGGCGCACCACCGCAUCAGUCGGGCAUCGUCCGAACCGAGUGCAGGCCGUCGUACCACCUGUCCAACAUGACGGGUUGUAGCAUCCACCUGAAGAAGGAGUGUGACGGGUUCCUUCAAGGAGCGCGGCGCACGCACGCCAUCAUGUCGCUCAGCGAGGAGCAGCGGCGGCGCGGCGUGAUUGCCGCCUCUGCCGGCAACCACGCGCUAGCCCUCGCGUGGCACGGCUCGCAGCUGGGCGUGCCGGUGACAGUGGUGAUGCCAACCGUCGCGCCGAUGACCAAGGUCCAGAACUGCAGGCUCUUCGGCGCGAACAUCAUCAUUCACGGAGACCACAUCGGCGAGGCCAAGGACUAUGCGCUGCAGGACCCCGCGCUGCAGGGACUGACCUACAUCAACGGCUACGACGACGUCGAGGUCAUCGCGGGCACUGGCACGCUCGGCAUCGAGAUGCUGGAGCAGGUCCCCGACUGCGAGGUGCUCGUCGUGCCCAUCGGGGGCGGCGGCCUCAUCGCCGGCAUCGCCCUCGCCGCCAAGACGCUCAACCCGGCGGUGCAGGUGGUUGGCGUCGAGCCGCGGCGCUGCGCCUCGUACACCGCGGCGCUGCGGGCGGGACACCCGGUGACGGCGGAGGUGCUGCCGACGCUCGCCGACGGCCUCGCGGUUGUGCGGGUGGAGGAGAAGGACGUCGCGCUCGCGGUGCUGCGGCUGGUCGAGGGGAAAAAGAUGGUGGUGGUCGUCCCGCUCUGCGGCGGCAACAUCGUCAUCGACGUCAACGUGCUCGGCCGCGUCAUCGAGCGCGGCCUCGCCGCCGACGGGCGGCUGGUGCGCCUCACGCUGCGGGUGAGCGACCGUCCGGGCGGCAUCGCGGAGCUGACCGGCGUGCUCGCCGCGGCGGGCGCGAGCGUCAAGGACAUCUUCCACGAGCGGGCGUGGCUGCACACCUCCGUCGACCAGGUGACGAUCAAGGCGGUGCUCGAGACGCUCGGCCCGGAGCACAACGCCGCCAUCAUGCGCAGCCUCGCCGACUCCUUGCCGGCCGCGGUCGACACCAUGAGGCUCGAGGGCACAUGGACGGAGGACGGCGCCUCGAACCUGAGCGGCCGUUGGGUAGUUCUUGGGAUGGCCGAUCGGAUGUGGAGAUUAGAAAACAGGGAAAAAGAAACAAAAGACCGAAGGAAAAAGCGCGAGAAUUCUUUAACCUCGAGUCGCGUCUGCGGGGUGUGCACGCGCCAGUACGCCAAGUACAAGUGCCCGCGCUGCGCUGUCGCGUACUGCUGCCUCGCCUGCUACCGCAGCCACUCUGAGGGCUGUGCCGAGGGAUUCUACGAGGAGGAGGCCACCCGCGUGCUGCGAGAGACCCGGGCCACGCCCGAGCAGCGCUCGGAGAUGCUGCAGACGCUCCGCCGCUUUGAGGGCGAGUACGGCGAUGGGCGGGCUCUUGGCGGUGGCGGCGGUGGCGGCAUACCGGAUGACGGCGAGGGGAGCGAGGAUGACGGCCUCGACGCGGUUGCGAGCGGCGACGAGGAGGGCGAGCUGGACGAGCCGGCGCGGAUGGCGCUGGUGCAGCUGCUUUCGGCCGCGAGCCUGCAGGGCGAGGGCGAGGGCGAGGGCGACCCCGCCGGAGGGCCGCUGCUCGACGAGGCGAGCCUGCUGAGCGAGGCGGGCCGCGCCACCUUCCGCCGGCUCGUUGCAGACGGCUCGCUCGCGGCGCGGCUGCAGGCGGCCCCGGCAUGGUGGGAGCGUGUCCCUCCGGCUGCUGUCGUCGGGUCCGUGGCGGGCGGUUGGUGCGUCGCCGCCCCGGCGCCGAGGGUGGUGGAUGUGACGGACGAGGCCGCCGCCGAGGCGCCCGGGGCUCCGCCGCUGCCGGCGACGAUCCCGCCGCUGCGCUCGCUGACGAGCCGCGCCGUGCCCGCCGGGCUGCGCUACUCGCUGCUCGAGCAGCUCGUCGGCUACGCUUACGUCUACCGGCUGCACUGCGGCGCGCCAGAGGACGACCCGCUCUCUGCCGGCGCGGCGCUGCUCGCGCUGUGCGCCACUCUCUCGGGCAGCGUGCCGGGCGUGCACCCGACCGCCAGCGAGGCGCUGCUCCGGCUCGCCCUCUCCGCUGACGACCCCGCCGUCGCCACCUCCCCCGCCUUUGGCGCGCGUGCCGUCGCCGACGCAGAGACGCUGCUCGGAGACCCGGCGGGAGGGCGGGCGGCGAUGGCGCUCGCCGGGCUGGACGAGCUGCUCCGUGCCCUCGGAGAGCCCGAGCGGCGGGUGGUGUCCGAGGCGCUGCGCUUCGAGCUGCGCAAGGAGCUCGAGCGGAGGGAGGCGCUGCGCGUCGCGGCGGCGGGGCCGCAGACGGCGGCGGCCACGCUUAUCCGGCCGGUGGGUGAUAGUUGAUCGAGACGUGAGGCUAUUAUUCGCUCCGAGCAUCUCCAUUGCUCCAACUCUGCGGCACAACCUGUCUCGUUGUGGCUUGUGCAUGCGCUAACUAGAGAGCGCCCUCCAGAGAGCGGUGGACGGCGAGG